AUGGCCCAGUUAGAAGAAGAAUUGGAACAGGAAGAGGCACAUUGGCAUCAAAAGUCUCGCAUCGAUUGGUUGAAGUGCGGAGAUAGAAACUCAAGGUUCUUCCAUGCUUCUACCAUUGAUCGUCGCCAAUUUAAUAGUAUUGUUAAGCUCAAAGGUAGUGAUGGCAACUGGGUGGAGACUGAAACGCAGGUUGCUCAAGUGGCGAACCCCGAAUUGGCUGAACACUUCCGCCCAAUUAGUUUAAGUGGAGUGGCAAUCAAGGUCAUUUCAAAGAUCUUUGCUAAUAGAUUAAGUGGAUCUCUCCAGAACAUUAUAUCCCCAUCCCAAUCUGCAUUUGUUCCUGAUCGGUUGAUCUCGGACAACGUGUUCAUUGCCCAUGAAUUGUUUCACUUCAUCAGACUUCAAAAGAAAAGGAAGAAAAGAUUCUUGGCCCUUAAGUUGGAUAUGCGGAAGCCAUAUGAUCGCCUUGAAUGGCCAUUCAUCCAAGCUGUCUUACUUAAAAUGGGUUUCUGUACUCAUUGGGUUGGGUUGAUUAUGGAGUGCCUUUCUACUGUGUCCUAUACUUUACUUGUAAAUGGUGUUGAAAAAGGAUCAUUUUUUCCAUCUAGGGGUAUAAAGCAGGGUGACCCCCUCUCCCCUUUCCUGUUUAUUUUGUGUUCCCAAGUGUUGAGUACUGUCAUUGAGGAAGCAGAGCAACAAGACCUGGUGAGUAGCAUUCGUGUGCGGUCAAGAGCACCACCUAUAUCCCAUCUUAUGUUUGCAGACGACUGUCUUCUUUUUUCGGAGACCAAUACAAGCAAUAUUCGCAACCUCCAUCAUUGUCUCGAAGUUUACUGUGCAGCGAGUGGGCAGGAAGUCAAUCUAAGCAAAUCCUCAAUCACUUUCAGUCCUAACACCACUGCUACUACAAAACGGCGGAUAUCCAGAAUUUUGAAAAUCAAAUAUGGGGAAGGACCUUCCAAAUACCUUGGACUACCCACCAAUUUUGGAGUGUCCAAGGCUGAUCUAUUUCGAGACAUUGGUAGCCGCAUCUCUUCUAGGAUCCAGGGGUGGAAACAGAGGCUUCUUUCCACGGCAGGGAAAGAGAUACUUAUUAAAACAAUUAAAGCUAACGAGAGGAAGGUCCAGUGGAUUUCAUGGACACGGCUAUUCCGAGCCAAGGAGAAAGGAGGUUUGGGGUUCAGGGAUCCAUUGCUUCACAACAGGGCUUUGCUAGCAAAGAGUUACAAGCCUAAUGGGGUUACAGAGGAAAAGGUACAGGAUUUGAUUGAUCUGCAAAAUCACUCUUGGAAGAUUGAGACCCUCCAAUGCCUGUUCUCCCCCAGAGAAGUUACAGCCAUUCUUGCCAUCAAACUUCCUGUUUUCCCUUCACCAGAUACACUCAUUUGGGGUGGGGAUAAAAAAGGGAUUUUUUCGGUGAAAUAUGCGUAUCAUCUAAGCUGUAACAUCAGAGAUCAACAGCAAGCCCUCAAUUCUUCCUCUUCUCGCACUCACAGCUGGGAUCUUGUUCCUUCAUCCACUUGGAAGUUGAUUUGGAACUGUCAAUCCUAUCCAAAAAUCAAGUCUUUUAUGUGGAAAGCUUGUGCCCAAGGCUUACCAACAAGUGAAAACCUUAUAAAGAGGCAAAUGCAAGUCGACCUACUUUGCAGGAGAUGUGGUAGUUGCAACGAAUCGAUGGACCACAUCCUCUUCGAAUGUCAAUAUGCUAAAGCAGUGUGGUUCAGUAGUAAUCUCUCCUAUGUUGUGCCUUCCCAAGAUACUCCAAGCUUACCUAAGUUCUGCAAACUUGGAAAUUGA